AUGUCUUCCAUCUUCUACCGCAUAGGCGAGGAUGGCAUGGAGAAUGCUGUGAGGAGAAGAAUCUACAUUCCAAAUCCUUCUCCCACUGCCCUGGGCGUCUUGGCUCUUCGAUCAUCAUAUGAGCAGAAGCAGGUUAUUAGACAGCUUUUGUUUGAUUACCUAGAUUCCAGUACCUCCGUUGGCCUCAAGUCAAGCGAAGGAGAUGACUUCAUCUUGGAGUUUCACAUGCCAUGUCUGAUCUGGCAAAAGGGUCAGCCCAAGAAAGACGACCUGGGUCGCACGACAAAUAUGGACGCUUUGCGUAAAACUAUCGACCUCUCUUUCUUAGCGACAUCGGUCAACCAUAGUCAAGAUGGUGGUCAAACACUGGAUGAGACUGACUAUUUGUAUGAGUGUCAAACUUCAUUCAUAGUGACAGGAUGGGAUACUUCCAGCUGGACUGCCAUCUGCCUGGUAGAUUCAUACUUCAAAAGCCAAACCGACGCCGAGGACCCGUACAUGCUGCCGCACUAUGCCAAAGACCCAGACGACGACGAUCCAGACCUCGAUCCACUGAGUAUUGGAAAGCUCACUGCAGACAAGGUCGCAGCCGUGGAUCCUCGAGAAUACUUUCUUCUCAUCAUCAAGCUAUCAAAGCCAUCAUUGUUAUUGAGAAGACGCAACACCAAUCUCGGUACUACAGAUGGAGAUUCUGCGGCUGUGGAAGGGAGUGGAGAAUGGCUCAACCAAGUUCGCAAUCUUCUAAAUCGACUUAUGGAGAUGCUUGAAACAAGUUUGAAAGUCUUGCGGAAGUUUCUUGACAAAGACGCUUCCCGGAUUGACGCACAAGCUGAUGAGUCUACGUCAUCACACAUGGACAACUCUUUCGACAAGAUAUUGGAAUAUGUAGAAGAUUUAGAAAAGACGUUUGAGAAGUUCAAGAAGUUGAAGGCUAUUGUUGAUAAUUUCGCUUCACAACUUGAAACCCACAUUGCCGUCGAAGGUGUCCGGGCUCUCAAAUUACAGCACCUCAAUGUUACGAUCUAA